AUGAGACGAAUAUCAUUUCCUAGCGAUCAUGAGAACGAGGCACCGUCAACGCCGGCACGGCCAAUUUUCAAAAGCAGGAAGCGCAAGGUUGGCGAAGGGCGGCAGAAAUCUGUGGUCGAGCGCGGGUCGCCGCCACAGCCGGAGGAAGACGCUGAUCUGGACAUCAAGGUGAUGCGCAAAAGCAGGAUAAAAAUGGGGGUGACGAAUGAGGCUCACGCGCCGAGCACGGAGCGCAAAAGUGCACUGGAAAUGCUGAGCCGGUAUAACGAUCAUGCGGAGGAGAUAUCCGGGACUGCGGUGGUGGAGGCACCGACACAGAUCCCUGACGAAUUACAGAUAAAAGAGCUCAAGGAGCGUCGAUACAGAGCCCAGCUUGGCCAAUUGGAGAGCGCAAAACAGCAGGAGCUCGACGAGGAUUAUGACUCAGAGCACGAGUUCAAAACGAGACAUACCGUCGACGACGACAUGGAUUUCGACAUCGAUCUGGACGAGCGGCUCGGCGACGGCCGUUUUGCUGUGGGAGCCGGCGAGCAGCGUGUGCAGAGGCUGCUGCGGCAGGAAGAAAUCGAAGAAGCGCUCUACCAGGCGCAGCUUUCAGAGGAUGAGCAAGAGAUAAACUACGAGGCCGAGGUGAGCAGGCUGAAAGAGCACAUUAGCAACUUGCAGGCGGCAGAGAACAAUGCAGCGGAAAAGCAAGCCGCUCUCCAACAAAGAAUCGCUGACUUGGGUGUGCAACGGCGCGAGAUCGAAGAACAAUUGAACAGUUUAUGCUAG